AUGGUGGUGAAUCAUAAACUUCAGAUGGAGGAAGGAGCAAAACCAACCAACAAAGAGAGGUAUCAACGACUGGUAGGGAAGUUGAUAUAUCUUUCACACACAAGACCAGACAUAGCAUAUGCAGUGAGUGUUGUUAGUCAGUUCAUGCAUCAGCCUCAAGUAUCACACAUGGAAGCAGUAUGGAGAGUCAUAAAAUAUCUCAAAGGAACAAUUGGUCAUGGAGUCCUCUUUAAAGCAAACGGACAUCUAAAGAUUCAAGGGUACACUGACGCAGAUUGGGCAGGAGAUAAAGGGGAUCGAAGAUCAACAUCGGGAUAUUUCACCUUAGUAGGAGGAAAUUUAGUUACUUGGAGGAGUAAGAAGCAAAAGGUUGUUGCUUUAUCUAGUGCAGAAGCUGAGUUUCGAGGGAUAGCACGAGGCUUGACAGAAAUACUAUGGAUAUGA